AUGCUCUUUGGGCCUGUCAAACGGCUUUCAAGACCCCCUAUAGGCACUACUCUAUAUCGCCUUGUCUAUGGAAAAUCAUGCCAUUUUUCGGUGGAACUUGAGCAGCGUGCUCUUUGGACGAUCAAGAAAAUCAACUUUGAUUUAGCAAGUGCGGGAGAGCAACGGUGGUUGGAUCUUCAUGAGCUAGAGGAGCUUAGGCUAGAUGCAUAUGAUUGUGCUAGCUCCUACAAGGCUCGUUCUAAGGAAGUGCAUGAUAAGCUUAUUGAGAAAAAAGAGUUUUGUGUUGGUGACAAGGUCCUCCUCUACAAUUCCAAAAUGAAGUUGUUCCCCGGAAAACUUAUGUCUAGAUGGAGUGGUCCAUUCUUGGUUCAAAGUGUUCUCCCUAAUGGUGUGGUGGAAAUAUCUUCGUUGGAUUCCUCUUCCUUUUUCAAAGUCAAUGCCCAUAGGCUCAAACGAUAUUUUGAUGGUGUUUUUGUUGGCCUCAUUCACAUGAUGAUCCUAUACAACCCACCUUGA